CCCGCCACCUACCGAGUGGUUGUAGAAAUACGUAUGUGCAACAUUCCCACAUCUAGACAUUAUUUAGCUCGUGCUUCACGAAACACAGUGUAUUGAACAAUUGUGUUCAUCAGUGUUAUAAUUAUAAUUUCAAUUUAUAAUGCCGUUGGAAAAUUUAGAAGAAGAGGGUUUAGAGAAGAAUCCCAACUUGGAGUUGGCACAAACUAAAUUCUUCUUGAGUCUACCAGAACAUAAGGAUGAUCCAUUUUUAAAGAACAAACUGCUAGAUGCCAUUAAAGCAGAAAAUAUGGCCCCAUUCUAUGAAGAAGUUUGUAAAGACUUGAGUUGGUCUGUCGAUGAAGCUCUUUUAGCUGCUAUGAAAGCAAAGAAUAUGGAACAAUUGAAAAAAUUAGAUGAUGCAAUUGAGGAUGCCGAGAAGAACUUGGGUGAAAUGGAAGUCAGAGAUGCCAAUCUUAAAAAGUCAGAACAUUUAUGUAGAAUAGGUGAUAAGGAAGGUGCAAUUUCUGCAUUCAAAAAAACUUAUGAUAAAACUGUAUCAUUAGGACAUAGAUUAGAUAUUGUGUUUCAUAAUAUUAGGAUUGGAUUAUUUUAUCUAGAUCAUGAUCAUGUUACUAAAAAUAUAGAAAAAGCUAAAAGUUUGAUAGAGGAGGGUGGUGAUUGGGACAGACGAAAUCGUUUGAAAGUAUAUCAAGGAACAUACUGUAUAGCAGUACGUGAUUUUAAAGAAGCUGCAAAUUUCUUUCUAGAUACAAUCAGCACAUUUACCAGCUAUGAACUUAUGGAUUAUAAUACAUUUGUGAGAUACACUGUAUAUUUAAGCAUGAUAAGUUUACCUAGAAAUGAACUCAGAGAUAAGAUUAUCAAAGGUUCAGAAAUUUUGGAAGUACUUCACAGUAAUCCAGAUGUCAAAGAUUACUUAUUUUCUCUAUACAAUUGCCACUAUGCUGAUUUCUUUAAAAAUUUAGAGAUGCGCAUUCUCGCGUACACGCAACUUUUAGAAUCUUAUAGAUCUCUGACACUUCAAUACAUGGCCGAAGCAUUUGGUGUUACUGUAGAAUACAUCGAUCAAGAACUGUCACGUUUUAUUGCUGCAGGAAGAUUGCAUUGUAAAGUUGAUCGUGUUGGUGGAGUAGUUGAAACUAAUAGACCAGAUAGUAAAAAUUGGCAAUAUCAAGCUAUGGUCAAACAAGGAGACUUACUACUUAAUAGGGUUCAAAAGUUAUCGCGUGUUAUUAAUAUUUAAUUAUACAAAGAAUAAAUGGAAAUAUUAAAUUUUAAGAUCUACUUAUUGUCUGAUGUGUUCUUAAAAAGUUUAAAAUUCUUUUUAUUACCCUUGAUCGUAAUUUUGUAUCAGAAACUUAAUAUAAUUAACAACUUUUACGAUAGAAAUAUACAUGUGGUCCUUGACA